UAAUUUAACAAAACAAGAAAGAAACCCAGCAUGGUCUCUGCCUAAUCCCUUAAAACAGAUAUACUCCCUCAUCUUCUCAUGUCCCAUUCACCCAACAAUUUUUUUUUUCCUUUUAAAGUUUUGAGUUUUUGAAGUUUUUGGUAAUCUGGAGAGGACAUAUAAUCAUGGCGAUGAACAAGAUAGGGAAGAAAGGAAUUCACUAUCUGCAGAAACUGAACGCCGCGAACGUUCCUUCUGAUUUGUUAGAAAAGGGCCAAAAUCGCGUCAUCAAUGCUUCUCUCACUCUCAUCCGCGAAAGAGCUAAGCUUAAGGGAGAGCUAGUGCGUGCUUUAGGGGGUGCUAAGGCGUCGGCUACGCUUCUUGGAGUUCCAAUUGGGCAUAACUCGUCGUUUUUGCAAGGCCCUGCUUUUGCUCCUCCUCGCAUUCGGGAGGCAAUCUGGUGCGGCAGCACUAACUCAACCACUGAAGAAGGGAAGGAAUUGAAUGACCCGCGGGUGCUGACCGAUGUGGGCGAUGUCCCUGUCCAAGAGAUACGUGAUUGUGGUGUCGAGGACGACAGAUUGAUGAAUGUCGUCAGCGAGUCUGUGAAGCUAGUAAUGGAACAGGAUCCAUUUCGUCCAUUAGUUUUGGGUGGUGACCACUCAAUCUCAUUUCCUGUGGUAAGAGCUGUGUCUGAGAAGCUUGGAGGACCUGUGGAUAUUCUUCAUCUUGAUGCUCAUCCUGAUAUCUAUCAUGCCUUUGAAGGAAACAAGUACUCACAUGCAUCAUCUUUUGCCCGGAUAAUGGAGGGCGGUUAUGCUCGGCGGCUUUUGCAGGUGGGAAUUAGAUCAAUAACAAGUGAAGGGCGUGAACAAGGCAAAAAAUUUGGUGUGGAGCAAUAUGAAAUGCGAACCUUUUCAAGAGAUCGUCACUUCCUCGAAAAUCUGAAAUUAGGAGAAGGCAUUAAGGGCGUGUAUAUCUCGAUAGACGUAGAUUCUCUUGAUCCUGCCUUUGCUCCCGGUGUGUCUCACAUUGAACCCGGCGGCCUCUCUUUCCGGGACGUCCUAAACAUCCUCCACAACCUCCAAGGUGACGUUGUUGCGGCGGACGUGGUGGAAUUCAACCCGCAGCGUGACACUGUCGAUGGAAUGACAGCGAUGGUUGCUGCUAAGCUUGUUAGAGAAUUGACUGCAAAAAUAUCAAAAUAAAAAAUAACAAUAUUGAUUAAAAAAAAAAAAAAGUCCUCAUCUUCCUUUCAUACCUCCAUACAAGAACUUUGGUUCAACUAUGAGAGGGAAGUCAAGUCCCUUUUCUUAAUGGCAAAGAUUUUUCUUUUGUCA